AUGGUCACUGGAUCCUACAUGGGGCACCUGCUGAAGGAGAGGAUCGUGCACUCGGGGCCUGAUCCUGCAGGGCUUUCCAGACAAAAUCGCGGCGCCUCUCCUCGCUCUCCGCCCGGAGCAGCCAACAGGUUACUGCUGACCGGCUCCGCGAGGGUUAAAGGGAGGCACAGCGCUGAGAUUCCUAGAGCGGAAGGCGAGUCCUGCGCGAGAGGUGAAGGAGCUUCCGCUUCCUGUUCCGGGUCUGUCCUUCCUGUGGGAGGUGGCGAAGGGAGGUGGCAGCUUUCUCUGGAGGGACUUCUGUCCGGAUCCAGGAGGAUCUUCUCCCGUCUUUUCUCCGCAGGGAAGGCGGCCUCUCCUCCCGCCCCCGGGUCAGAUGCGAGGAAGGAGAGACCGAGGAGGAGGAGGAGGAGGGAAGAGCUGGGACUCCCAAAGGGCAGGAGAAGAGCCUCGGAGGAGGAGAAGGAAGGCAAGGCGGACCCCGCGCAGCUCAAGCCGAGAGAGAGAAAGGUUUUUAAAUAGAGAAUCAAAAGUGUUCCUCUGCACUGAGAAUAUUUCAUAGAAAAAUGUCGGUCCCUCAGAAUGUAUCUACUAAUUAUUUCAUUAUUUUAUUUUCAAAAUAUCUAAACCCUUUAUCAGAAGAGUAUGAAGGCGGCACACAGGUUAAAAUAAAGAUAGAGCACAGCUAAAAUUCACAAACCCAUCCAGAAACUAUUAUGCACAAAGGCCUCAUUCUUAAUAACAAAGAAAGCUAAAUAAUAAGUCCUGUUACCCUUACAGUUCGUCGCUUCUUUCCUACCUUUCUGCGUCCCUUUUGCCUGCUUUGAAAGGUGCUGGGCAAGUUUGCUUUUGACACACAAAAUUUGGGGUUGCAGGGAGAGAUCGUGGGGAAGGAUUUUCAGAAAUCUAUUAGGUGUGGGCAAUUUCUUUCAAUUAUAGUUUUCUCUGUGCGUCUCCUUUUCCCCAGCAUUAAAUUUAGUCACCAGACAUUGACAUCUUAAGAAAAGAAAGGACCUCUUGCAAAUUUGCCGGCAUUUUAGUGCAGAUUUCUACUAAUGAACACAUAGUUCCCCUAAUAUUUAUAUUUGUCCUAAUAUAAUGCAUUUCUGUAUAUAAUUUUUCCUAAAGUAAUGCUUUUCUAUGUGCUCUUUCCCUUUAUCCCCUGGCACAGCAAAUCCAGAUCUUUCUCCCUCUUUCCCUGCCACCGUCUACUACACAACCUUGUGUUUCCUUGUAUCCUAAAAGAGCUGGGGGGGGGGGUCAAGGUACACCCUAAAACAAUGGAAAACGUUAUGCAGCUGUUCCUCAUGUAACUUGGGAUAAUUUUACGUGGCUUGAUUCUCUGGAAUUUUCUGGAUCCUAUAUCCUAGAUACAAGAUUUAUCUCUAAUACCACUUACCUAAGGCCUGCAAUUUCACUCUGGAUUGGUAGCUGGGUUUUUUUUGUCAGUUCAGUGGCUGUGUAUUUUGGUGGAGUUCAGGCAGGCCUAUGGAGAAUUCAGCAACGGUUAAAUUGUAGAUAAUUUUAACCUUGCCUAUUCAUUUUCUGAGUAGACAUAAGUUUUAAAGUUAAGUUGUAUAUUUAUAAAUUUACAACUCCAGAACCAUCAUUUGCAUAUGCUGUUGCUUAUUUCUCCCUCAUUUAUGCGCUUCCUCAAUGUGUGAUGUGCUGCUGAUUUCUGUUUGAUAAUCUUUUGCUCAUACCUUUCAUAAGUUCAAAGGUUUUUACUGGUCUUCUGUUGAGGUAUUUAAAAUAAAUCUCUCCAAAACUCUAGCUUCUCAGGUCCUAUUUGAUUGCCACUCUCUUGUGCAUUGGGGCAAAUUUGGAAUGUCAUCUUCAGUGACCACCAGUUCCCUUUCACAGGCUGUGCAAUGGCAUUGGAGCAACACUGUGGAUCCUCCCUGCUUUAUCCUGGAGAGGAAGCGACCACCAUGCAUCCAGUUGAGGUAGGAGAAAGGUCAUCAGGUAGAGAUGUUGGGGAUAGCUGGAGUGCGCCCUUCCUUGUAACAGAAGGCCUGACUCUUAUCCCUGUGUUUCUGAGGGUGCUGCCUGAGGAAGUGGGUUGGCUUGACUGAGAUAGAUAGAUAAUUUAUUACGGUCGGAGACCAGCUUAUAAAACACACUUGGGGGUACAAUCCCAGAAGGAAAACAAACAUUUAAAACAAUGUACAACAAUAAAUUUAAAUUUUAUAAAUGCGAUAAGCGUAUAGACGCUUAAAACUUUAAGAUAAGCUACGCAGAGAGAUGACCCAGAGUCACCAUGGAACUGAGUUUGGGGAUUUUCUUAACGAACUAGUUUGAGUUGGGAGAUGGUCUGCGCCUACAGAUCUGUACACAGAAUCUGGCAACCAUCUGGGUUGUCUUGCCUAACUGGAAAAGUUUAAAUUUUUGCUUUUCUGGGAGGUCAGCGAGCCUCACCAGCAGGGGACCAAUGGUCUCACUACGUUCCUCUUCAUAAAAGAACAAGUGCUCUGGGCUUUCUAUAUCCCCCAAUGAACAGGCGCAAAGUCUCUGAGCAUAUGGGUCAUUUUUAAAGGCUCCUUCCAGGACCGGCGAUGGCAGAGCUGAGCUUCUGGCGAGUGUAAAAGCCCUUCUUGCAUUUUUGGAUAUGAGAAAGAAGAGAUAUGCUGUCAGUGCGGCUGUAUAUAUCUCGAUUUCUCCAAUUUUAUAGUCGGGGCACCUUGAGCAGUCCUGUUGUCUCUCCGUGUCUAAGAUUCUUGGCCUGACCGUAGCUUUUGCCUGGCCCAACCCCAGACUUAGAAGGGCUUGAGGGGCAAAACCCAGUUUCUGAAGGGUGUUGAGGACUGCUGUCUGCCAGCCUGGCUGGAACUGGUUGCAGAGGAUCAAUGGGGCUAUUCCUUGGGGGAGCAGAUUCAGGGCUUGACUGAGUUUUGCUCAUGAAACCUUGAGCAUGACUUAACAAGAGCCUAGCUGGUGGAUCAGACCAUUAACCCACCUAGUCCAGCAUCCUGUUCCCCCAGUGACCGAACAGAUGACUCUGGGAAAUUUGCAACCAGGAGCUCAGUACAACAGCACUCCUCAGGUGAUUUCCAGGAACUGGCAGUGAGGAAUAUACUGCUCAUAGCAAGUGCAGGCAGCACACAGUCAUCAUAGCUGGUAGUCAAUCAUAACCUUAUCUGCUAUGAAUUUGCCUAAUUCUCUUUUAAUUUGGUGGCUAUUACUGCAUGUUGCGUUAGUGAAUUGCAGAGUUUAACAUUGUGAAAAGUGCUUCCUUUAGUUUGCCCUUAAUCUGUGCACAAUUAGCUUCAUUGGACGGCCUGGGACUACAGUAUCAUUCUAGAAGGAGAAACAGCUUCCUGUCUCCCAUUUUCCCAUUCUUUGCAUACCUCUGUACGUCUCUUAUCCUGCUCCUUCUUAAGCACUUUUGUUCCAAAUUAGGAACUCCUCGUAUAUCUCCAGCCCCUUGCUUAUUUUCUUUGUCUCCCCCCCCCCCCCCAACAUUUUCUGGCUCUAGAAAUUAUUUUUGAGGUCAGGAAACUGAAACCAUAUUCAAAUUUCUAAGGACACCUACACCAUCUGCAUGAUGUAUAUCUGCAUGAUGAUAUUGGCAGCUUCAUUUCAAAUCACUUUACCAAUGGUCUCUAACACAGAGUUGAUCCAUUUCACAACUUACACACACUGUGCCAAUUUCUUUACUGAGCUAUCUGUCUCUCCUGCUCAUUCAUCACCAACUCGGAUCCUGUGAGUAUAGUUAAAGUAGAAUUAUUUUUCUUGAAUGUGCAUUACUUAAACUUGCUUACAAGUUUGAAUUGCAGUUGUACCUUGGUUGCUGAACGCCUGGGAACUCAUACGUUUCGACUACCGAACGAUUGAAAAUUGGGAGUGUUCCGGUUUUUGAACACUUUUCGGAAACUGAAUGUCUGGUGCUGCUUCCACAGCUUCUAACUGAGUGCAGAAAGCUCCUGCAGCCCUUUGGAAGCUGCACCUUGGUUUUUGAAUGGUUAUGGGAGUUGAACAGACUCCUGGAAUGGAUUCUGUUCGAGAACCAAGGUACAACCAAGGUGCUUAAACACCUUGAAUUAUGUUUCCUGUUCAGUGUUCAGUUUAAUUUGAAGACAUCCUGUUGGAGCUCUCUGCAGUACUCUGUUGUGAACAGCUAGGUUGGCUACCUAGCUGCUCAGCACUGACUCCAGGUAAUAUAUAAGCUGUUUAAAAAGCACUCAUCCCAAUACUGAUCCUUAGCGGCCUUCACUUCUAGCAUUCCUUCCUUGUGAGAAUUGGCCAUUUCUUCCCAUUCUCUUCUUUCUGUUCUUUAAGCCGUUGCUGAUCCAUAAGGCAGGCUCUCUUCUUAUUCCAUGACUCACCAAGAUGUUGGCGAGAGACUGUACUAAAAGAAUUUGGGUGCGCUGUCAGUUGCAUACCGUCUAGACACACUCAAAAGAAUCAAAUGGCUCGUGAGUCACUCUUGCAGAAGCCAUGCUGAUUCGGCUUUAGCAAGGCUUGUUCUGCUAUACAUUUGGUUAUCCUGUUGUCUUUAAUAAUGUUCCCCAUCAGUUUUCCUGUAAGAGACCUUAAACUAACUAAGCUGGUUUCUGGAAACUUUUUUUUUUAAUGUCACUACCUUUGCUUCCCUCUUGAAAGACAGGAAGAUGAGCAAUCUCACAUCCAAGUUACACGUUCUUGUUAGAAGAUUUGACUUCUUUAAGAACUAAUGUGGUGUUUCUCAAAUUUGGGUCUUCACCUGUUGUUGGACUACAAUUCCCAUCAUCCCCAGCUAGUAUGACCAGUGCUCAGGGAUGAUAGGAGCUGUAGUCCAACAAAAGCUGCAGACCCAAAAUUGAAAAACACUGAGCUAAUGGGUAGAUGAGAUCUGCAUUUGCUGAUCUCUGAACACUAAAGGUAGAAUCCAUCUCCCAUUGCAGUGGGAGUGGAGGAGAGAUGCUGCCCACACCUUGCCUUGAAGUAUCUCCAAGGAAGGGGAUUUUUUUUUCCUUCCAGGAAUCAGUGAGCUUCGAGGAGCUGUUCUUUACUUUCACCAACGAGGAAUGGGCCUUGCUGGAUCCAGACCAGAGAGCUCUGUAUGAGGAGGUGAUGCUGGAGAUUCAUGAGAUGGUGGCCUCUCUAGGUAAAUAUCCUUUCCCCCCUUAAUCAAUAACUAUGGAAGGUAUAAAUUCCUGUUGGUGGUACUAUCAAUUAGCUCACUAGAAAGAGUGUUGGGAUUUUCCUCUGGGCAAAAGAACAUUUGAAGAACCAUGCUGGAUCAAAGCAAAGGCCUAUGUGGUCCACAAUUCUGUUCUCACAGUAGCCCAACCAGAUGCCCAGAGGAAGCCCAAAAGCAGGACAUGCAUCUGAUAUAGGCAUCAGAGAAUGGACACAUUGGCUAUGAGUUACUUACCUUUCUCGCCCUGAUCUGGCCACAGUGAUCCAUGCGACGGUCACCUCCAGGCUUGAUUAUUGUAACUCUCUCUACGCGGGGCUGCCCUUAAAGCUGAUUCAGAAACUCCAGCGGGCGCAGAAUGCCGCGGCGAGGCUCCUUACAGGGUCCUUGCCGCAGGAUCACAUUCACCCAGUGCUUUACCAACUGCACUGGCUCCCGGUGGAGUACAGGGACAGGUUUAAGGUGCUGGUUUUGACCUUUAAAGCCCUAUGCGGUCUAGGACCCUUGUACCUACGGGACCGUCUCUCCUGGUAUGCCCCACGGAGGACCUUAAGGUCCACAAAUGACAACACCUUGGAGGUCCCAAGUAGCAAGGUGGUUAGAUUGGUCUCAACUAGGGCCAGGGCCUUUUCAGUGCUGGCCCCAACUUGGUGGAACACUCUGUCCCAAGAGACUAGGGCCUGGCGGGACAUGACAUCUUUCCGCAGGGCCUGCAAGACAGAGCUGUUCCGCCUGGCCUUUGGUUUGGACUCAGUCUGACCCUUAUGUUUCCCUCCCCUUAUGGAUUUGAUCUGUGGGCUACUAUUAAAAUGAGGCUGCAUUUUAAAUUAUAUUUUAACCUGUAUUUUAAAUUGGUUUGUGUUUUUUUAAUUGUAAUUUUACUGGUGUUAGCCACCCUGAGCCCGGCUCUGGCUGGGUAUAAAUAAAAGAUGAUGAAGAUGAUGAUGAUGCAAACCCCUGCAAAUCUUAUUUUGCCCCUGAGCAGGGUUGCUGCCAAGGGCCUCCUUGUGCCCAUAAGACAGGUGUGCAGACCCCCUUGUCCCCCGCCAAUACAAUGCUGAAUCACGGUUCUGAAUCACCCUGUCUCUCCCUGGACUUGCUUGCUGAGGCUGAAGGGUGCUGCAGUUUAACAUGCAAAGGUUCUUCACUCCUGCCAUAGGGACCAGACAAUUUGUUUGCAGGUUUUUUUAAGUCUCUAGCCCCUGUGGCAAGAGCAGGAAAGACUGGCAGCUUAAAAAACCACUCUAUUUUGUUUCUCCACACUAUGUUUCUGAAUUUAAGAGAAGCAAGGAUGGGCUACUGCUUGAAUGAUGAGGAGGAUGUUCUGGGGAUAAUGUAAAAUAAAAUAAAAAUACAGACACAAGCCGAUCAUCAUCAUCAUCAUAAUUUAUUAUUUAUAGCCCACCCAUCUGGCUGGGCUUCCCCAGCCACUCUGGGCAGCUUCCAACAGAACACUAAAAUACAAUAACCUAUUAAACCUAUUAAAAGCUUUCCUAAACAGGGCUGCCUUCAGGUGUCUUCUAAAAGUUUGGUAGUUAUUUUUCUCUUUGACAUCUGGUGGGAGAGCGUUCCACAGGGCGGGUGCCACGACCGAGAAGGCCCUCGAUUCAAGGCCACAUUAAAGUCCAGUAUGGGCAGAUGUGCAUUUUACCAGGUUUUCUUUUUAAUCCAUCAGGAGAUGUUUGGGGGAUCUGGAUUGAGGGAGAACCGUCAGAAGUGGCACGUGAAAUUGCUGAGGAGCAGGAGGAGCAACGGAAGCUGUGGGUUCAAGAUGUUACCAACAGACAAGAGGGGACAGAAAUGCAGAAUGCUGGGAGGGAAUCCACUGAUUUUGAGAUUAACGAAAAUCAGAUAAUUCACACAGGGGAGGAACCUUAUGAGUGUUUGGAGCUCGGAAGGAACAUCAGUUGCAUAGACUACCUUACGUUUCAGGAAAUAUGUCAUACCGCCGAAAAACCAUAUAAUUGCUUGUUGUGUGGAAAGAGCUUCCGUCAGAGUGGUCACCUUAGUUUGCAUCAAAGAACUCAUACGGGCGAGAGACCUUAUCACUGCAGGGAGUGUGGAGAGAGCUUUAGGCACAGUGACUCCCUCAUAAAGCAUCAAAGAAUUCAUACAGGGGACAAACCUUAUAAAUGUCUGGAGUGUGGAAAGAGCUUCAGGCAGAAUAUCCACCUCACUAGACACAGAAGAAUUCAUACAGGGGAGAAACCUUACAAAUGUUUGGAAUGUGGAAAGAGCUUUAUUCAGUGUAGCGUGCUCACAAGACACAAAAGGACGCAUACAGGGGAGAAGCCUUAUAGAUGCUGGGAGUGUGGAAAGACCUUCAGUGCUAAUUGGUCCCUUUCUAAACAUAGAAGGACUCACACAGGGGAAAAACCUUAUAAAUGUUUGGAGUGUGACAAGAGCUUCAGUUGGAAUGGUCACCUUAUACAGCAUCUAAGAACUCAUACAGGGGGGAAACCUUAUAAAUGUUUGGAGUGUGGCUCGAGUUUUAGUCAGAGGGGUCACCUUACUCAGCAUCUGAGAACGCAUACAGGGGAGAAACCUUAUAAUUGCUUGGAGGGUGAAGACAGCUUCAGUCAUAGAGAUUCCCUUAACUCGCAUCUAACGAGUCAUAAAAGGGAAACAUGUUACACCUGGAAGGUGGAAGGAGAUUCAGUGAUCUCAAGAGUUCCUGCAGAGAGCAAAUGAAAGAUUCUUCUCAGUGUUAGAAUUCCCUUCUCUCCAGCUCUUACUUGUUCUGAGGCCUUUGGAGCCCAGUAUACCUUCCAUUUUAGAGGAGAAAGGGUUUUUGCUUUCAACCUGCUUUUUCAGUAGGAAACAGUUUGUGGCCUUUUUUUCUGGAAGGAGUUCAAGUGGUGGGUAGGAUAGAUAGCGGAAGGUCCCAGAAAGAGCCCUGCCAUUGGACUCUCCUCCAUCCCCUCACCCACGGUCUCCACUGACAACGAGGGGCAUAAAGCAACAGCAACAAGGGUCGCCUCUUUCCAUAAGCACUUACCUGGACCCUGAGGUCAUCUUCUGAGGCCCUUCUUCAUGUGCCUCUUCCAUGAGAGGCCUAGAGUGUGGCAACAUGAGAACGGGCCUUUUCUGCGGUGGCUCCUCGUUUGUGGAAUACUUCCCUCAGGGAGGUUCACACACUAGGCAAAAGCUCUUUAACUAGGCCUCAGGCUGACUGACAUCCAAUCCCCUUUAAAAAAAAAUUGGGGGGGGGGUGUUUGAUUACCAUAUUUUUUGCUCUAUAAGACUCACUUUUUCCCUCCUAAAAAGUAAGGGGAAAGUGCAUCUUAUGGAGUGAAUGCAGGCUGCACAGCUAUCCCAGAAGCCAGAACAGCAAGAGGGAUUGCUGCUUUCACUGCUCAGCGAUCCCUCUUGCUGUUCUGGCUUCUGAGAUUCAGAAUAUUUUUUUUCUUGUUUUCCUCCUCCAAAAACUAGGUGCAUCUUGUGGUCUGGUGCGUCUUAUAGAGCGAAAAAUACGGUAUAUAUUUUGUGUUUAUAUAUUGUGAUUUUAUCCUGUGAACUGCCCUGAGACCUGCAUGUAUAGGGCAGUAUACAAAUUUAAUAAAAUGAUGAGUGUAAUAAUAAAUAAUAAUAGCUGGAGCUGUCAUACAGGAAAAAUUGCCAACUGCUUAUGCACACCAGAUCAGGCGUGUUUGUGUAAUUUUAUAAAUGAGUGCUGUUGUUUCCCCCACAUCCGGAUGUUGAGAGAUAGAGCACCAGGUGCACUGCAUAACCUAGCAACAGUCAGAGGCCAGGGGUCUGCCUGCUGACUCGUCCAUCCUUUAUCUCAGGGAUGUGUGUAUGUGCAGAGACAUGUAUAAAAGUCAUUGCUGCAUUGCAUUCAGGUGGGGAGAAGCUAUGAGAGUCUGUGAGCGGCUGUAUCAAAGUAAAAUCCAAAAAAUCAUUUAUACAUAGCACACCUGAGCCCCUUAAAGAGGACAAGAAUAUCUAAAAUUCUGCAAGUUAAAUGCCAAAAGCAUUGUUGAAAAUAAAUAUCGUUGCCUCUUCAAAAUAUCCUCCUGGGUGAUGGGAGCCACCACUAAAAGUCCCAUGCUUGCCACCUCUCUGCAUCUCGCUUGGAGGAAUGCAGAGUGAAAAAGGCCUCAGAUGAUGAAUGCAGGUUGUGGGCUGAUCCUGAAGGACGGUUUUAUAUGCUCAGAGCAUCAUGCAGCAGUUGGGAAUCUGGCCGCCACUUUCUGAGCCUUCUUCACAAAGAGCUUCACAUAUAAUGUAUUGCAGAAAUCUAGUCAAGAGGUAGGUAGAAGAACCUGAGGUAUAUCGGCACACCUAUUAGCACACCUUUCUUUAUUUUUUAACACUAGCAGAAGUGUUCCAUAUAUCCCUUGCUGAUGUAACCGAAUGCUUUGCCAAUAAAGAGCUGAACUUCCUAUUGUUUGUGCACAUUGGCCUGGGCUCUGGAUUAUGAACACAACAUUAUUUAAUUAUUAAAAAACUUUGAAGAGAUUUAUUAAGCUGGAACGUUUGCAGAGGAAGGCAACUGGGAUGAUGAAGGGUCUGGGAAACGCCUUAUGAGGAGCGCUUGAAGGAGUUGGGUAUGUUUAGCUGGGAAAAGAGAAUGAGAUAUGAUAGCCAUCUUUAAAUAUCACAAUGCCUGUCACAUGCAACAGGGAAGAGGCUUGUUUUCUCCUGCUCUGAAGGGUAGGACCCAAACCAAUAGCUUCAAGUUACAAGAAGUGAUAUCAACUAAAUGGUAUCAACUAAAAUAGAAUGGGGAAAAUUUAUUGAUUAUUUGAGGACACAUUGUAAACAAAACGUUAGUGGGAUUGAUAAAAACACGUGCAGUAAGAGAUAAUUAAGGGGAGGAUAAGGGAAAAAUUAUAAAUUUAUUUGAACUGGAAAUGCAGUAACAAAAAGAUACGAAAUAAAUAACUGCAGAAGGGAGGGGAGGGAAGUCAAAAGUUAAAAAUAAAAUUUAUUUUUAAAAAAGAGUCCAGAAAUUGGGCAGGGGCACAGGGUGAAAAUGCAGGGGAACAGGCCAUCAAUUGGUGGUCUCUGCCACCCUUGAGGCAGGAGAUGGGUGGUGGUGGUGGGGAGAAGUCUGGGGAAUCGGAGGUGGAGAGGAAUUUCAAGGAGGCUCAGAGGCGGAAGACAAAAGUCCCAGAUAAGAGUCCAGCCAUCACAGUCCCCUCCAUCCCCUCCCACAUUGUCUCCACGGUCAAGGAGCGGCUUAAAGCAAGAGGAACAGCUGGAGUUGUCAUGCAGGAGAAGCCGCUGGUCCAUGGGGUCACGAAGAGUCGGACACGACUAAACGACUAAACAACCACAAGACCUAAAAAUUCUUAUAACAGUAUUUUAUUGUUCUACACCAGUUGUGCAGCUAUUUCAACAAAUGGUUGUUUAAUUAUAGUUCCACAGACAACAGUAUCACUUAACCUCCAGAUUCCAGCAUCGUCUUAUACUGGUAUUCCAUCUUUCUGUUAUGAAAAUGUCGCAGGACCUGCAUUUUUCACUCCUACCACCCACUGCGGAAAGGAUGUAUAGAUUUGUCACAAAAAAACAAUUUUAAAGGGAAAAAAAUAAAAGCAUUCCCCUGAAAGUCUGACAUUUCGUUUUAGAAGGGGAAUGUUUUAUUUGGCCUGAUUCAAUGGUCAUGCCUUUCAACUUGCUUGCCUUUUUGUAUAUUUGAACUAAGGAAGUCUUAAUGUUGAGAUGAGAUGGUUAUUGUGUAUUUUAACAUGGUAGGGAAUAUUAUGAAAAUGAUAUACAGGUGGUACAUGACACCAGUCAAGCUUGCAAAAAUCUAUCAUUUGCCCGAUAAUAAAUGUUGGAAAUGUAAAGAAACUGAAGGUACAUUCUUUCACCUUUGGUGGACGUGCCCAAGGAUUAAGGCUUUCUGGGAGAUGAUUUAUAAUGAAAUGAAAAGGGUAUUUAAAUAUACCUUUCUGAAGAAACCAGAGGCCUUUCUCCUGGGCAUGGUCGGCCAAAUGGUGUUAAAGAAGGACAGAACUCUCUUUAUGUAUGCCACAACAGCAGCAAGAAUACUUAUUGCAAAGUAUUGGAAGACACAAGAUCUACCCACUGAAGAAUGGCAGAUGAAGGUGAUGGACUACAUGGAAUUGGCGGAAAUGACUGGCAGAAUCCGAGACCAGGGAGAAGAGUUGGUGAAAGAAGAUUGGAAGAAAUUUAAAGACUAUUUACAGAAAUAUUGUAAAAUUAAUGAAUGUUAGAAUGAUGUCAGAAUGAAGUUAAGUGGUUUAAGCAGCAAUGUUAUAAAGGUGUAUGUAAAAAUGGAUUAUUAACAGGUGAGAAUCCAAAGUUAUAAUAUAUUAAGUUAAAGGAUUAAGAUAAAAACAAAGAGGGAAAGAAAUUGCUGAAUUAACUAACUGAAUUGGAAUACAAAAAAGGGAGGUGCGAGGAGGUCAGGGAAGCAAGGAAAUGAAUGUACAGUGGUGCCCCGCAAGACGAAUGCCUCGCAAGACGAAAAACCCGCUAGACGAAAGGGUUUUCCGUUUUUCGAUGCGCUUCGCAAGACGAAUUUCCCUAUGGGCUUGCUUCGCAAGGCGAAACAUCUUGCGAGUUCUUGCGAUUUUUCGCUCCCCCCCCCUUUUUCUAAGCCACUAAGCCGCUAAUAGCCUUUUAGCCGCUAAGCCGCUAAGCCUUUAAUAGCCGCUAAACCGCUAAUAGCGCUAAUCCGCUAAGCCGCUAAUAGGGUUGCUUCGCAAGACGAAAAAACCGCUAGACGAAGAGACUCACGGAACGGAUUAUUUUCGUCUUGCGAGGCACCACUGUAAGGUGGAAAGAUUGAUGUGGUUUUUUUUAAAGUGUUUUUUAUAUUUUUUUCUGUAUUUUGUAUUUUUCUUUUAUUCUUAUUUCUGUCCUUUUUUCUUUUUUUAAUUUAUGUAAUUUUUUUUCCUUUGAAACUUUAAUAAAUAUCAUUAAAAAAAUAUAUUUUAACAUACAUGGUAUGGUAUGUAUUUUAUAUAGUUAUAAACCACCUAAACGACAUAUUCUUUAUUAACUUUGAGCCUUUGAAACCUGCUCCUCAGCCAAAAAGGCUCCCAGAGUGAAAAAAGAAAAGGGGGGGAGGGGAGGUUCCCGCCUGUCGGCUCCGCAAGGGUUAAGCUGGGCCAUAGAGCUGAGAUUCCUAGAGCUGAAGGAGAGCCCGCGCCAGAGGCGGAGCUUCCGCUUCCUGUCUCUGCUAUUACUUCCUCUGUUAGGCGCUGGGUUGGCGGAGGAAGGCGGCUGCUUUUCUUGGAGGAUCUUAUAGACUCCUCCCAGAAGAUCUUCUCUCCUCCUUUCUCCGCAGGGAAGGCCGCCUCUCCUCCUGCCGCCUCCAGGAGAAGGACCGAGGAGGAAAGACGGAGGAAGGAGGAGGAAAGAGCUGGGAUUCCCAUAGGGCAGAAGAGGAGCUCAAUCAGAGAGAAAAAAGGUUUUGCAAUAGAGAACAAAAGUGCUCCUCUGCACUGAAAAUAUUUCAUUUUAAAAUAAAUGGCUGGUCCUUAGGAAUGUAUCCUGGACAGCUGCAGCUGUAGUUAUUUUAUAUUAUUUUCAAUAUUUCUAAACCGCUUUUUUCAAAUAAAAAAAAUCUCACAAGUGGAACGCAGAUAAAAUUAAAAGAGAGGAACUGGUCUGUGACCAUAAUAAUAAAUUCAUUCAUUAAAAGAGAGAACGCAGCUAAAAUUCACAGGCCCAUGUGGAAACCAAUAUGCCUAAAGCCAUCAUUUCUAAAAACAAAAAUAGCUAAGUAAUAAAUACAUUUACUCCCACUGUUCUUUGCUUCUUUCCUCCCUCUCAGUUUCUCUUUUUGGCUUUGAAAUAUGCUGGGAGAAAGUAUGCGAAAUGGUUUUUUAAAAAUCCUAUAGGCAUGGACAAACCUUUCAAUUUUAUUUUUAUCUCCGUGAUUCAUUUUCCCCAGUUAAACUUAAGUUGCUUUUAGUUGCCCACGUUUUGACAUAUGAAACAAAAGGACCUCUUGAAAAUUUAGUUAGCAUUUUAGUUUCAAUUUUCCUCUUAUAUUUGCCCUAAUGUAAUGCAUUUCUGUAUAUAAUUUCCCCUAAAAUUAUGCAUUGCUGUGCGCUCUUUCCCUUUGAACAGGUGUAGAAAAUCUUUUAUCACCCAGCAGGGCAGAUCCAGAUCUUUUUUUCUCCCCACACUCAACUGUAGACUAACUUUGGUGGGUGGGUGACCUUCAUGGGGUCAAGGUACAGCUUAAGAAUGGAAACCUUAAUGCAUCUGUUCCCCUUGUAACUUACAAUAUUUUUCUUCUGGCCUGUUUUUCUGUUUGAAAUUUUCUGGAUCCUAUAUCCAGGAUACCAGAUUAGAGUCUAGUACCACUUAUCUAAGGCCAGCAGUUUCACUCUGGACUGGUAGCUGUGUUUUUCAUGUCAGUUAAAUGGCCGUGACUUUAGGUCAGCUGGUGGAGUUAGGACAGGCCAGCAUUGAUUAAGUUGUAGAUAAUAAUGAGCUUGCGUAUUCUUUUACUGAGUUGACGUAAAUUGUAUAUUCAUAUUUUGAAUUUCUGGAACCAUUCUUUGCAUAUGCUGUUGUUUAUUUCCCCCUCAUUUCUCCACAUUUUCUCAAUGUGUAAUGUGCCAUUGGUUUCUCUUUCGUAAUAUUGCAGUUGGAAAUUUGUAAUGCGUUUACUGGUCUUGACAUAUUUAAAAUAAAUCUUUUCAAACACACGUUACGCCAGGCAUAGGCAAACUCCAGCCCUCCAGAUGUUUGGGACUACAAUUCCCAUCAUCCCUAGCUAACAGGACCAGUGGUCAGGGAUGAUGGGAAUUGUAGUCCUAAACAUAUGGAGGGCUGGAGUUUGCCUAUGCCUGUGUUAUGCUUUCAGGGCCUGUUUGCUAAUUUGGGCAAAUUUUAUCUUCAAUGUUUUCAUUCAGCCACCACUUCCCUUUCACAGGCUGUACACUCUCAUCUGAGCUACAGUGUGGAUCCUCCCUACGUUACCCUGGAGAGGAAGCGACCACCAUGUGCCCUGCUCAGGUAGGGGAAAGAUCAUUGGGGGGAGAUGUUGGGGAUAGCUGGAGUGCGUCCUUCCUUAUUACAGAGGGACUCUUUGCAGGGGCCUCUGACACCUGUGCUUCUGAGGAAGUGGAUUGGCAGCUUCGUUUUUCUGUAUUUCUUAUUGCCAGCAGGGAAACCUAUAGUUUGUUCAAUGUUUUUCUAAUGGUCUUCUCGGUAGUGGCGCCCUCCCUGUGGAACGCCCUCCCAUCAGAUGUCAAGGAAAUAAACAACUACCAGACUUUUAGAAGACAUCUGAAGGCAGCCCUGUUUAGGGAAGUUUUUAAUGUUUGAUGUUUUAUCGUGUUUUUAAUCUGUUGGGAGCCGCCCAGAGUGGCUGGGGAGACCCAGCCAGAUGGGUGGGAAAGAAAGAACGAAGGAAAGACAGAUGUUUUAUUGUAUUUUAAUGUUUUUUGGGGGGUUGCCCACAGUGGCUGGGGCAACCCAGUCAGGUGGGUGGUAAAUAAUAAUAAUAAAUAACAACGUCAUUUCGUUUGUCCUUAAUUUGUCCACAUUGAGUCUCAUUGGAUGGCCCUGGAUUACAAUAUUAUCACAGAGGAUUGAUAAUAUAUCUCCCUUUUCUUUGCACUAUGCAUAACUCUGUACAUCUAAAUUAGAAGAUCUUUUUAUUUCUUCAACUCCUUGAUUAUGUUGGUUGCUCUUUUCCCAGCAUUUUCUGGGUCAGCAAUUCUGUUUUUGAGGUCAGGCAACCAGAACCAUACAGUAUUGCAAAGGCAGAUGCAUCAUAAUCUGUAUACCUGCACAACGAUAUUGGCAGCUUUGCUUUGAAUCUUGUCCCUAACACGGAAUGGACACAUUUCACAGCUUCCACAAAUUGUGUCUUUGCUGAGCUAUCUGCAGUGGUGAUUUCUGAGCACUGCAGCUAAAAUCCCCACUUGCCCCACUGGAGUGUGAGUGGAGGGGAGAUGCUGUCCACACCUUGCCUUGGAGUGUCUACAAGGAAGGGAAUUGUUUUCUUCUUCCAGGGGUCUGUGAGCUUCAAGGAGGUUGCCGUGAAUUUCACUGACGAGGAAUGGGCCCUGCUUGAUCCAGGUCAGAGAGCUCUGUAUGAUGAGGUCAUGCUAGAGAUCCAUGAGAUGGUGGCCUCUUUGGGUAAGGAUCCUUUUUUCCUUAAUCAGUAGCUACAGAAGGUAUGGGUUCCUGUUGGUGGCACUAUCAACUAGCUCACUAGAAGGAGUGUUGUUAAUUUCUCCUGGAGAAAAGAACAUUUGGUUCAGAGCAAAGUCUUACUUAAUCCAGGAUUCAGUUCUCACAGUGGCCAGCCAAAUGCCCAUAGGAAGUCCACAAUCAGGACUUGCCUCUGAUAUAGUUGUCCUGGGCUUAUUGGCUUGAGUUAUCUCGGGAUGCGAACGGGAUCCAUUCCGGAGCCGUGUUCGCAUCCUGAAUAGAACGUAAGACACGUCUGCGCGUGUGCAGGUCACGUUUUGCUGCUUCCACACAUGCGUGUGACGUCAUUUUGAGCGCAACCCAAAAGCGCUCAACCUGAAGCACAUUCAACCCGAGGUAUGACUGUAUUCUCUUUUUUUUCUGUUGAGGGAGGUCUCUUGCUCAGUUUGGGUGGAGGGUGAAAAUGCCAUUUUGAUAAAACUGCGUUUACAACUGCAUGGCAUGGAAACAAAAGACUGAAGGGGUCUCCUGUGUGCUGGUUGUGAUUUAUUGCUUUUGGGAGAGUCCUGGAUUGUUGAAUCGCAUAGCUCGCUAAGCGGUAUAAAUGACGGAAUGAAGACAGGUAUUAUUAUUUUAUAUAAUUCAUUGCAUUUAGUUGCUUUUUUAUGAAGAGUAAACUCAAAGCAACUUAUUAUAUGAUAAUCAGCAGAAUUAACAUUCCCCCUUUUUAAACGCACGCACAGCAGAUAGCUUGCUUAGACUCAUUAGAGUCUCUGUAAAUAUUUCCUGGUAUUCCCCCAUUUAAUUCCUCCUAAAAUAAGACGCUACACAGUCUUCUGCAAAGUAUAAAACGUUUACUCACAAGUAAUCAUCUGUUCACACAAAGCUUCCCAGAAGGCAGACUUAAAAGGUUAGAACAUAGUUUAAAUGUGGUGACUAUCUCCUUAUGGGAGAAAGGCCCCCUUUUCUUCUCUUGGCCUGGAGCCAAGGUUGCAUUUUAGUAGUGCUGUUGUUCAGAUGGCAUCAAUAGAGACAAGAGAGACAAGAUGAUCACCAGCCUGCGGUUCUGGUUCAUUCUGCUUCAGGAGAGGCCAUGCCCAUCUCAAGUUACACAUAGGAAGUUUCGUCUCAGUCCUGGAAAGCAGGAAGUUCCGGGUGAAGGACCAAGACAACCUUCAUGCCUACUCUAGCAAUGUUGUGUAUGACUGCACCUGAUUCUUACAUCCCACAAUUAUCCCACCUCCAUACGUUAACUUUUAAAUGUUUGAAAUUCCAAGUUCUUCUCUAUAUCUAGGGAGGGCUACUCCUUGGAUGAGGAGGACAUUUUGUGGCUUAAAUCAUAGAGCUGGAGGGGCCCCCAGGGUCAUCUAGUCCAACCCCCUGCUAUGCAGGAGCCGGGGCACAAGGAUCCUUGACAGGCGGCCACCCAACUUACAAGGGAGUCUGUACCACUCUUGAACAGCUCCUACCACCAGCUCUCUCCAGGGUGCUGGGGACUGUAAUCCAGCGUCAGGCUUUCCUAGCUGGCGUCUGAAUCUGCUCUCUUGCCCUCAGCGCCACACAGAGAGAUAAAUGGAAGAGCCAGCUGAUUUGGGAACUGAGGUACACCAGAGGGGUGUGUGGGAGAAUGGAGAGGUCCUCAAACCUGUUUGGGAAAUGAUACCGAAUUACCCUACAAUUCUAAAACCGUUCUCCAAUAAAUGCUUUCCCCUUAUGUGCAACAUAAUUAUUUCUGGAUUUUGCUUGUGGAAGGGAAAGGAAAGAAGGGUGAGAGGAGUAAGGGACCUCUGGCCAGGCCACCCCCUGCAAAUCUUAUUCUGCCACCUGAGCAGGCACGUUCCCAAGCUUCUCCUUGCACCCAUAGAGCCAAGAGCAUCUCCACCCCCAUCGUUCUGCCUGGACACUGAGGUCCAGUGCCAUGGGCCUUCUGGCAGUUCCCUCCCUGCGAGAAGCCAAGUUUCAAGGAACUGGGCAGAGGGCCUUCUCGGUAGUGGCACCCACCCUGUGGAACGCCCUCCCACCAGAUGUCAAAGAGAACAACGACUACCAGACUUUCAGAAGACAUCUGAAGGCAACCCUGUUUAGGGAAGAUUUUAAUGUUUGAUGCACUAUUGUAUUUUAAUAUUUUGUUGGAAGCCGCCCAGAAUGGGCGGGAUAUAAAUAAUAAGUUGUUGUUGUUGUUAUUAUUAUUAUUAUUAUUAUUAUUAUUAUAUUAUAUGACAGGUGUGAGGACCCCUUGCCCUCCCUCAGAUGGUGCGGAUGGUACUUGUAGUUCAGUAACAUGGAGGGCCAAAGGUUCCCCAUUGAAGCUGCCACUUUGAUGAAAAGGAUGUUUUGUGGAUGGUGCAAAAUAAAGAAAUACAGACACAAGCAGUUUCAAGUCCAUGUUAAAGUCCCGUAUGGGCAGAUGUGCAUUCAUACAGAAACAGCAUUUUACCAGUUUUCCCUUUUAAUCCACCAGGAGACGUUUGGGGGAUCCUGGCUGAGGGGGACCCAUCAGAAGUGCCGCCUGAAACAGCUGAGGAGCAAAGGAAGCUGGGGGUUCAAGAUGGAACCAGCACACAAGAGGGGAGACAAAUGCAGAAGGCAGGGAGCGAAUCCGCCGCCUCUCAGGUUAACGGAAAUCAAAUCACCAGAGAGGAGAGGAAGUAUGAAUGUAAAGUGUGUCGAAAGAUGUUUGCUUCUCGCUCAAGGCUUACUUCCCCUCAGAAAUUGCGCUCAGGUGAAAAACCACAUGAAUGCUGGGAGUGUGGGAAAAGCUUCAGUCGGAGUGUCCCCCUUGAGCUCCAUCAAAGAACUCGUACAGGUGAGAAACCUUAUAACUGUUUGGAGUGCGGGAAGAGCUUUGGUGACCGUAGCAGCCUCACUAGACAUAAAAGAACGCACACCGGCGAAAAAGCUUACAAAUGUUUGGAGUGUGGAAAGAGCUUUAGGGAAGGUUACUCCCUUACUCAGCAUCAAAGAACUCAUACAGGGGAGAAACCCUAUAAAUGCUUGGAGUGUGGAAAGAACUUUGGUCGCCUAGGCUCCCUUACGUUGCAUCAAAGAAGCCAUACAGGAGUGGAAACUUACGUAUGUUUGGAAUGUGGAAAGAGCUUCUAUCAGAGUAGGCACCUCGCAAGACAUAAGAGAACCCACACAGGGGAGAAACCUUACGGAUGCUGGGAGUGUGGGAAGAGCUUCAGUGACAGUGGCUCCCUCACUAGACAUAAAAGAACUCACACAGGGGAAAAACCUCACGAAUGUUUGGAGUGUGGGAAGAAUUUCAGUCGCAGCUGCAACCUUACUUUGCAUCAAAGAAGUCACACAGGGGAAAAGCCUUAUGAAUGUUUGGAAUGUGGAAAGAGCUUUGUUCGGAGUAGUCACCUCACUAGACAUAAAAGAACUCAUACUGGAGACAAAUGUUCCUAUGAGUGUCUGGAGUGUGGAAAGAGCUUUAGUCGCAGUAGCUAUCUUACUCACAUCUUAGGCUUGGAAUGUGAAAAGAUCAUGAUCAGUCCUAUCAAGAGCCCCUGCGGAGACCAGAGCAAAUACUGUGCUCAGUGUUAG